UGACAUAUAUGGUCCAUGGAAAAGGAAAAAUCUUUCUGAGCUUGGGAUUGUAACACAGUGCAUUGCUCCAACAAAACUGAAUGAUCAGUACAUCACAAAUGUGCUCCUGAAAAUCAAUGCAAAGUUGGGUGGAAUGAAUUCCUUGCUAACAGUUGAGCAUUCUCCUUCUAUACACUUGGUUUCUAAGUGCCCCACUCUGAUUUUGGGAAUGGAUGUGUCACACGGCUCACCUGGGCGGUCAGAUGUGCCUUCUAUUGCAGCAGUGGUGAGUUCCAGGAACUGGCCCUCAAUUUCUCAUUAUCGAGCUGCAGUUCGUACUCAAUCACAAAGAGCUGUAUCAGAUAAAGAUGAUGAGGGCAUAAUCAGGGAACUGUUAAAAGACUUUUAUGCUUCUUCAAAGGGCAGGAAGCCUGAUCAGAUAAUUAUUUUCAGGGAUGGCGUGAGUGAAUCACAGUUCAACCAAGUCUUGAAUGUGGAACUGGAUCAGAUUAUUCAGGCGUGCAAAUUCCUUGAUGAGAGCUGGUCUCCUAAGUUCAUGGUUAUUGUUGCUCAGAAGAAUCAUCAUACAAAAUUUUUCCAGACUAGAUCUCCUGAAAAUGUGCCACCUGGGACGAUUAUCGACAACAAAGUUUGCCAUCCCAAGAACAAUGAUUUCUACUUGUGUGCUCAUGCUGGGAUGAUUGGGACUACUCGGCCUGCUCAUUACCAUGUUCUAUAUGAUGAACUUGGCUUUUCAGCCGAUAACGUGCAAGAACUUGUUCAUUCGCUUUCAUAUGUGUACCAAAGGAGCACUACAGCUGUAUCUGUAGUUGCUCCAAUCUGCUACGCCCAUCUUGCUGCAGCCCAGAUUUCACAGUUCAUCAAGUUUGAUGAUAUGUCUGAGACUUCCUCAAGCCAUGCUGGUGGUGUGACUGUUGCUGGUAGUGCGGCCGUGCCUGAGUUACCCAGGCUUGCUCCAAAUGUGAUCAAUUCCAUGUACUUUUGUUGAAGAUUUGGCUUCAAUUUCAUAUCUGUUUCUAAGAACUAAUAUUUGGCCUUAUGAUGGUACGUAUAUCCAUGUCUAAGAAUUAAUCCUAAUCACAAUAUCUGGUGUGUAAAAUGUUGUCAAAAUAUUUCAGAUAUGAAAACAAAAAUACAUAUAUAGUUUUGA